UCCGUUUGCGUAACCACAAGCACCGAAUAUGUCUGUGUGUAAUGUGUGAUUUGGAUUGAAAUAAUAGUUUUUGGGUUUUGGGCACUCUCUCCCACUCUCAUCCAUCCUCAUCCCAUUUCUCCAUAAUGUUCUUGAUCCUCCAUCUUCUUCCAAACGACAACAGCUCCACUCUUUAAUCUCUUCGGUUUCGAUUUUCCAGAUCUUCCUCUCCCUUUUUCUCUUCCAAAUUUCACUUCUUGGUCCUUUUCCUUUCUGGGUUUUGCAUUUCACUCCUUCUGGGCAGCUUAAACAUCAUUCCCCAAACGAUCGGUUAUCGAAAAAGCAGUGCAUUUCUUGAGGAUCUGGGAUUCUGGGCAAGCACCGAUUUUGCUUGAGACUGAAUCAAAGAGGAUUUGGAUAUUGAGGUUGAUUCUUGCUGUUUAUUUUCCAACCUUCGCCAAAAGAAAACAAUUGAGGUAGUUUAGUUUGUCUUAUACGAUGUUGGGAGGCAACAGUGGUAACCCCAUGCUUCCUGUUUUUGUGGAUGAAAAUCGUUACCCAUAUCCGACAAAUGCUUCAAGUCAACUACAGCUGUUUGGAAAUGUACAAGCUGGAUGUAACGUUGAUCCUGUAAAUUAUUUUGGAACUGAGCAUAUUACUCCCAUGCUUCGGCCUAAUAAACGAAACAGGGAAAUGGAAGAUAUCUCAAGACAGCAGAAGCUUCAGAUUUCUUUAAACUAUAAUGUCUGUCCGGAUGAAGUUGAUCAUUCAGCUAGCAUUCCAAACCCAAAUGCUGUAUCAACGGGGUUAAGGCUAUCAUAUGAUGACGAUGAGCGCAACUCAUCAGUUACUUCGGCUAGUGGAAGUAUGACAGUAGCACCUUCAAUGAUCCUAUCCCUAGGUGACAAUAUUAGGACUGAGCUGGAUCGACAGAAGGAAGAGUUUGAUCAAUACAUCAAAAUUCAGGAGGAACACUUGGCAAAGGGAGUUAGGAACAUGAAGCAGAGACAUAUGUCUUCUUUCCUUGCUGCCAUAGAGAAAGGUGUCAGCAAAAAGAUGAUCGAGAAAGACUUGGAAAUUGAGAACAUGAACCGGAAGAAUCAAGAAUUGGUGGAUAGAAUAAAACAGGUGGCUGUGGAAGCCCAAAACUGGCACUACAGAGCGAAGUACAAUGAGUCCGUGGUAAAUGUCCUGAAGAGCAACUUACAGCAAGCAAUUUCACAGGGUGCCGAUCAAGGGAAGGAAGGAUUUGGAGACAGCGAAGUUGACGAUGCUGCCUCGUACAUCGAUCCAAAUAACUACCUGACUAUCCCAGCUGGACCCGCGAAAACCGUGUCGAAGAAUUACCUUGGGUUGGAGCAAACGGGUUCGAGAACGUGCAGAGCAUGCAAGGGGAAGGAGGUGUCGACCUUGUUGAUGCCGUGUAGGCAUCUGUGUUUAUGUAAGGACUGUGAUGUGUUUGUCAACGUUUGCCCUGUUUGUGAGUCAAUGAAAACUGCUAGCUUCCAAGUGUACUUGUCCUAACUUAUGAAGCAACUUAAAAAGGAAAGAAAUUAAAAUAAAAAUUAUGUGAUGAGGUGUUGAUUA